AUGCAGUCGCUUAUAGUCGUUCGCCCUCCAUCACUGCCAUCUUCGAGUGGCAUUAUCAUGCAUAGUGUAGCUGAAGAACUGUGUCUUGUGUGUGGCGAUAAAGCAUCUGGUUAUCAUUACAAUGCUCUGACCUGCGAAGGAUGCAAAGGUUUCUUCCGUCGAUCGGUGACUCGGAAGGCAGUUUAUCAUUGCAAAUAUGGUGAAUCAUGCGAUAUCGAUAUGUACAUGCGGCGCAAGUGUCAACACUGCCGUUUGAAGAAAUGCAUGGAAAUUGGAAUGAGACCUGAACGUGAGAAUUUCUCGCUUUUUAAUAUAUGUGUAUUUGCGCGCUGA